AUGGGCGCGUCCACCGCGUGGACACACGCCCACGGGGGCGGCAGGGCUCGCGCGAGGGGGGGCGGCGACGGGAGCGCGCCUCGCCGGCCUGCGGGCGUGCCCGCUGCGUCUCCGCGGGUCCACGGCACGCGCGAGAGUCCGAGGCGGGGCGCGCCGCUGCUGAUGGACCGGACGCUGAGCGCAGUCUCCGAGGUGGAGCAGUCGGCGCUGGCCUCGCGCAUCGCGGAGCUCGAGGCCGAGGUGGAAGGGCACAUGAAGCGCAACUCCGAGCUGAACGAGGCGAUCCAGACCGAGAAGGACCGGGCGGCGCAGCUGGCGAAGGAGAGCAGGACGAAGGCCGGCGAGGACAAGGAGCUCGAGAAGGUCGAGGGCCGCCUCGCGAAGGAGAAGGAGGCACGCCGCGUUGCCGAGGAGCGGGCUCGCGAGCUGGAGAGGGCCACCGAGGAGAAGGCGGCCGCGGAGCAGGCCCUGCAAGAGCAGCUGCGCCGCCUCCAAGAGGAGGUCCCGAGCCUGCGCUCGGCGAGGGAGGAGGCCGAGGACAGGGCGACGCAGCUGGAGCUCCAAGUCAAGGAGGCCCAGAACAGCAGCGCUGGCAAGGUUCUGGAGCUGCAGUCCGAGAUCCAGCGCCUCGAGCUGGAGAGCACACAGGAAGUCGCGAAGCUGAAAGCCAAGGUGGAGUCGGCCACCAAGCGCGCCGAGGCCGCUGAGGAGAAGGUCAAACAGGCCCAGCCGAUGAUCGACGAGAUCACGCAGAAGUGGCUGGACGAGCAGACCCUGCGCAAGAAGCUGCACAACCAGCUCCAGGACCCGACGCGACUCGCUCGUCCGCGGCGCCGCCCCGCGCUUUGA